CUCGAAGCUCCCAAUAAUGCACAUCCAAUUGAAGUUGGCUCAAUCAUCACCAGAUACAUUUCACUCCCACAUUUUGUCGCCUUUGUCAAGUCCAUGGUCGAUCGUGGGGCGAAGGGUUGCUCGAGGAAAUGCGAGCACUAUGGUCCCAAAUCCCUCGACCUAGAUUGAGUGGCUCGCUCUCUAUCUCGUCGACCGAUGCUAUAACGUGCGGGCUCGUUCGGAAAAGCACCACUGCACCUUUGAGACGACGACCGACGUUCAACGAUGCCUUCACAGUCUUGUUGGCGCCUGUUCUCGCGGCGUGCCUCAUUGUGGACACGAGUUGGAAGGCACAGCAGCGAAAAGAGUGGGAUGAAAAGCUGGCAACCAUCAAUGAAGAGAUAGACCAGCUCAAGCAACGGGAAGCCCAAACUUGGAAGUCGAUCCAGCUGCGAUCGAUCCGAAAUGUCAUCUCCCAGCAACGGAGAGGCUAUGCCACCGCAGUACAUGCACAAGAGCGGCAGGAAGAGUCUGAAUAUGACAUUGACAUGCCUAUGUGGGAGGACCGAGGACGCGACCUUUCAAGUCUCCAAGGACUCUCCAAAGAUGUGGCCAGCCCUGACAGCACACUACGCGAAACAAACUCUCGCGAACAUGCUGUCUACUCACCUCAAGACAUGGCAAAUUUCCACAGGUAUCAUCGACUAAAUGCAAUCAUGCUAGCUAUCAAGAUGCUCCUUCACCUCCGGAUCGGACCAAGCCCUUUCUUCGAAAUGUUUCCCGGCGACGAUGAUAUAGACCGAGCAGACCUGCAGUUUCCUCAGGACACUAACCAGCUGGUGGAUUUGUUGAAAAUGACUCGCAAAGAGAUCCGGCCCCUCAAGAAGUGGGACGAUUUGAUCAUGGUUGCGCCACAGCUUGAAGCACAAGCUAAGAAAGGGGCAUUGACAAGAGAUAUAAGAAAGCUGACGCACAGUUUCGAUGAAGGCAAGAUACCAUUGACUGGCCUGAUUGAGGGGUUUGGAAAGGUACUCAUGCAGUCGGACGAAAUCCCCUGUGUCUGGGCUUACACGGGGCUUAUCCGAAGUCUUUCAAAGGUUGGGAGCUACAGUCUGGCUUACCAUGUCACUGCCGCUCUGAAGAACAGCACACUGCCUUUGACCGAUGAUGCAAUCUUUCACAUCAUCUUUCAGAUCGGCAAGGCGUGUGACUCCCGUUCAUUGAACCAUAUUUUGCAGAUCAUUGCAAGAUCGGACAAUCAACUGAAUCUGGAGACGAAAUGGGAAAAGGUGUACGCCAAUGGUCUUGACCUGCCUGUUCCAGUAUCACUACACCCAGGGACGUUACAAGUGUUGAUUUAUGCAGCUUUGAGAUGUGAGCAGCCCGAACGAGCCGAAGGCUGGUUGACAUUACUUCAAGAGGCAGACUACAGCACGCUAUGGAAGGAUCAUCUAUUCCGAAGCUUUCUGUCUUACUACAGUUCUCACAGCAACUGGACAGCUGGGAAAGUCUGGUUGAGGCGAUCGGUCCAACACGCGGUGUCUAUUGCCACUCAAAACAUGGAUGCGCUCGCCCGGGUGAUAUUCCGCAUGCUUGAUUUAUGUGUGCGUUGCCGCAAGCUUCCGGAGUAUACCAUGAUUCUUGACGCGGCUGUCAACGCAGGCAUCAGGCCACCGGCGGUCUCCAAGAAUGCCAACAGCCACAAACCAUUCCACGCUCGAGCCCGCAGCAUUUUGCUCGAAUGGGAGUCCCUGCCGAUUCCGGAGGACGCGGACUCGCUGUCCACCGAAGACAAGGCAAAGAGGUUUCAAGAGGCAUGCAGACCUCUGCUGGAGGAAGCACCUAGCCACACUGCUGAGACCAAGAAACCGUCGCAAGUCGACGAUAGCAGCGACUUGGUUCUCAUGCCUGCAACCACACAUUACCUACGGUAUUCUGUGCGUCGACGGCUCAAAGAAGAACCUUCUCCAGGCGCUGACCACCAGUCGAAUGAGGCAAGUCUUCGCGACUUGGCCAGUUUGCAAGGCAAGAUUGCAACUCAAGAGGCGGCCAUCGCGAGCCUUAAGGGACAGUUAGCUAUAGCCGAGCAGAAACAAAUCGCUUCUCAGCAGCAAGAACAAGAAAGGCUGGCGAGAGAGCAAGAGCUGCAGAGAACGACUCGCGAGUUGCAGGAGGCACUGCAAGAGUCCAGAACUGCACUGGAACAAUUACAAGCCCAAAACCAAGGCUAUGCGAAAGAACAUGCCGAGUUGCGCGCGGAAAUAACAGAGCUGAAGGAGAUUGCCCGGCGAUUCAUGCAGCAAAAGCAGCUCGAUAAUGCGGUUCAACGUAAAAUGCAGCCACGAGCGGAGGGGGUUGAAGUGGCACCCAAAAGAGCCGCGGCAACAACUACCGUUACGCCGUCAGAGUCUGCAGAUUCAACUGCGAUUCGAGCAACCUCUAGACUGCCAGUAUCGGAUUCAUCCGUGAAAGAAACAGGGACUGCACCGCCCGUUGAUACCAGCCACGAACUGGUGUCCCGGUCAGUACAAGCUGGAAUGAAAUCAAUCAAAGCGGCUUCCACCAGUGACGUGGAGAUGGACGUCAAGAUCCGAAUGCACGGAUGUCGUGAGCCGUUCUACCCGCCGCGAGUCAAGGGUUGGCAUCGAGUUGACUUGCGGUGAUGAACAUCGCUAGGCACUUGUUCGAGAGUCAUCAAACCACUCCGCAUCUUCUGAGCAUGUGCACAUCUAGUGUGUGUGUUUGUCUCGGAGGUAGACAUUUGGCCCUGCAGAAGGUUAUGUGAGGAGUUGUAGUCUGGACUGAGGCCGACGCAGGUGCUGAUCCGCUCUCUCGCCUCCUUGGAUCAUCUCGGGCAGUUUCCCAGUCUCGCUUUUGGGUCGUGGGCCGAGUGACUCGCAAACACAGGCGCAGACGUAAUUGCGGAUGCAGACUCAGAUAUUGCGAUCCUUCGUACCGUCUGUUACGGACAGACUCAUUCAACCCCUACGGCAGAUCAGACUGCAGCUUUCUCAAGCGCUGGAAUGGUGCUCAAGUACCUAUGUAUCCAGCCGUCCCAAAAGCCGUGCCUUCACAUCCCGCGGUCAAGGCCAUAUCAUGAUCCAUUCAGCUUCAGGGGCCACUCCCGCAGCUACAUCUCCACCGAAGGAGAACUACGACCCCUCGUCUGAGUAUGGUGCGGUAUACAUUUUCCUUCCUGCAACACCACAGCACCUUAGACCGGAAAACAGACCAGCCAGCCGCAGAGUCAGACGUGGUCCGGGGCUUUUACGCAGGGGAUAUGGUCUGUUGGACUCCGAGGCAACUCGCGAUCGAGGUCCCUUGCACGAUCGAAAUCUCAGCCACAGUACACAUGCUGUCUUCCUGCUACAAAGACCUCGAUGGACCAAGAAUUAUUCCGACUCCCCUUCAUCAACCGUCCUCGGGAUGGGCCCUGGCUCGGUCCGGGGACCAUGGAAUGUGAAUGUGGUCCAUUCCUUCUUCGCCGCCGGGAAUCAUAUCACGAGAACGGAAAAGAUAUACAUACCAAAGCCAAGUACAAAUACAGACAUAAAGACAAGAGAAUCAAUGACCUACGUGUCCCAAGUACAUACGUUAGAUAUAUAUAUCCAAACUUAAAACUGAAGUGGACGCGAAACCAAAUUGUUUACAAUCAUAUCGAAUCAUGCCGA